AUGUCAAUUGAUCAUUUAAAUUCUAUAUUAAAUGGGGAGAAAAAGGAUAAUUCCUUUAAAGCUUUGGCAGAAUCUUUUAAAAGCAGAGGGUGUUCCGCUAUUACAGCGUUAGAUUUCCUAAAUCGUUUAACCAGUGCUUUUGAAGAUUCAGGGAAGAUAGGGGGUAUUGCCAAAGAAGCUGCUUGCAGACUUAUAGCUUUUUUAGCUAAACAAGUUGGUUUUAAGAUGGAGCCCGUUUUCAUUUUUUUUGUCGGGUCUUUUGUCAAUCUUUUAGGCGAUAAAACUAAAUGUAUACAAGAAGCUUCUAGGAAUGCUCUACGUGCUACUCUAGAAGUUAUAGCCUCAAACAGCGUACCUUAUGUUAUUCCUCAGCUUUUAACCACCAGUUGUAAAUGGCAGUCUGAAGAGGGGAGAAUCAAGGCAAUUAGAACUUUAAAUAAGAAGGCUCCUUUGCAAAUGAGUAGAAAUUUAGUCGAUGUCGUACCCAAUUUAGCUGAAGCUAUGUGGAACACCAAACAAGAAGUUAAAACUGCCGCCCGUUCUGCCUUAAAAGAAAUAUGUGAGUCAGUGGACAAUAGAGAUAUUAAAGAAUUUAUCCCUAUGCUAGUCAAUGCUAUCGAAAACCCUAAAGAUGUGAUAGAAACAAUCCAUGCUUUAGCGGGAAUUGUUUUUGUUCAAACCGUUGAAAGUGGUGCUCUGUCCAUCAUGUCACCUAUUCUUAUUCGUGGCUUUGCUGAACGCAGCAUUGCUACCAAGAGGCAGUGUGCGCGCAUAGUGGAAAACAUGACCAAGCUUGUUGAAGAACCCACUGAUCUUGCUCCUUUUCUUCCGAAACUGCUUCCACUGUUAGAGAAAGCUCAGCAUGAAGUGUCUGACCCCGAAUGUCGUGAUGUAUGCCGAAGUGCUUAUGAAACGCUUUUGCGGAAAUCUGAUCUUACAGGCUGCCACAUAGCUAAGUUGCACGAUCUCAAGACGAUGUUCCCCGUGGUUUUGGAGGCCUCUGGGCUCAAGGAACUUACAGAUGCUGAAAAACUUUAUUUAGAGCACGUGGCUUACGUGUGCCUGUCCUUAAUAUCAAUUAGAGCUUAUGAGCCGAAGACAUGGUCCAACGCUCUGCUGCCUUAUUUGAAGUUUGCUGGUAUUGCUGACCCCUCCAUCUGUUGCGCUCGUCUUCUGGAGGAAUGUUUGAAGGAUCACACCCCACCUAAUUAUGCAGAAGAGGAAGACGAUGCAGAAGAGCUCUGCAACUGUAACUUUUCUUUGGCAUAUGGCACGAAGAUUUUACUGAACAAUACCUAUUUAAAACUUAAGCGGGGUUUCAGAUACGGUCUUAUUGGUCAGAAUGACUCUGGGAAGUCGUCUCUACUUCGUGCCAUUGCCGGCGGGAAAGUGGAAGGUUUUCCUGACCCUUCUCUUGUGCGCACAGUUUUUGUAGCCACUGACAUUCAAGGCGAAUUGUCCGAUCUUUCGGUACUGGAUUACAUCUUUCAAGACGAGCUUCUUAAGGAUUGCGGAGUUCCUAGAGAAGAAAUGGCCAAAGUACUACAAGGUGUUGGCUUUAACGAUGAUUCCCCCGCGAAUAUCACAUCAACUGUUGGAUCUUUGUCCGGUGGUUGGAAAAUGAAGCUUGCCCUCGCCCGGGCUAUGCUUUUAAAGGCAGAUAUACUGCUUUUGGACGAGCCGACCAAUCAUCUUGACGUAUAUAAUGUAAAAUGGGUUGAAAAUUACCUUACUGGGUUAAGUGGCGUCACUUCAAUAAUGGUGUCGCAUGACAAAGGCUUUCUAGAGCGCGUUUGCACUAAUAUUAUAUAUGUGGAUUCUCUGAAACUUAGAUUUUUUAAAGGUAACUUAAGCAUGUUCUUAAAUCAAUGCCCUGGAGCUAGAAAAGUUUUUGAACAAGAAAAAGUUGAUAAAGCCCCUUUUACGUUCCCGUCACCCGGAAAUUUAGAGGGUAUCAAUACCAAAGGCAAGCCCAUUUUGAAAAUGACCAACAUCACCUUCACCUACCCCGGUACUCCUAAACCACAGUUAAAAAAUGUAACUGUUCGUUGCUCUUUAUCUUCAAGGGUGGCAUGCGUUGGUGUCAACGGGGCUGGUAAGUCAACCAUGAUUAAAUUGCUUACUGGCGAAUUAGCACCGGACGAGGGCUCAGGGGAAGUUUGGAAACACCCUAAUGCCCGUGUAGCUUACGUGGCCCAGCAUGCGUUUCAUCAUAUAGAAAACCACCUAGAAAACCACCUAAGCAAAACACCUAAUGAGUAUAUUAGAUGGCGCUUUCAAUAUGGCAAAGACAAAGAAGCUUUAGAGAAGGUUACAAUGGUAGUAACUGAAGAAGAAAAAGCUAAAAUGCGUGUACCAAUUUCUUGGACCUUUAUUGACGAUAAAGGUGUUUCAAAAAAAGAAAAGGUUGUCAUUAAAAGGCUUACUGAAGGUCGGCGUCAGAAUAAAAAAGAAAUAGAAUAUGAAGUUGAAUGGAUGCAUCGGGAUGAUACGUCCUGGUUACCAUUGAAAACUUUAAUAGAGCAUGGCUGGGGCAAAGUUUUGAAGGAAGUCGAUCAGUCGAUUGCAGAAAGGGCUGCAUCAUAUACUAAGGCGCUCUCAGUGGAGAACGUAGAAAAACAUUUGGAAGGUUUCGGCCUUCACCGCGAGUUUGGUACGCACACACGUAUUCAAGCACUUUCUGGGGGUCAGAAAGUAAAGGUUGUUUUAGCUGCAUGCAUGUGGAACAACCCACACCUGCUUAUUCUUGAUGAACCUACAAACUACUUAGACAGGGAAUCUUUAGCGCAACUUUCAAAAGCCAUUGAAACUUUUGAAGGGGGCAUAGUUAUGAUUACUCAUAACAAUGACUUUUGCGAAAAACUUUGCCCUGAGGUUUGGCAUUUGGAAAAUAACACCUUAAACUUGAAGGGGGAUCCUGAGUGGAUGAAACAAGCGCUUUUAGAAAAAGUUGAAAAGAAAGAGGAAGCUACGGAGAUGGUUGACGCUUUGGGUAACACAAUUAAAAUAAAACCUAAAAAGAAAACUCAACUAUCGCGCGCUGAACAAAGGAAGAAGGAAAGACUAAAAAAGUUAAGGAAGGCUCAAGGACUUGACGUUGAGGGCUCUGAUGAAGAUACUGAUUAAUU